CCUGCUGUGUGAUAAUCGGAUCUGAUGCCUUGUGCUGAAGCAUCAGCUCAUAUCUGUGUUUGUGAGUCACAGGGUUUUAUUCUGCGGGCUUUGGUGUCGUUUGACAGGAUGACGUUACAAUCGUAUUUACAUCACCGGGGAGCGGAGCCCGCAGAGGAGCGACUGACUGACAGAGCUCCCAGUUUAUUUAUUUAAAACCCUGUGUGGUUUGGUUGUCGGUGUCUCGUCGUCUCCUCCACUCGGUUGCCACAACUGAGGCGGUGCUUGGCAUCUUUGUCGUAGGUGGAGAGGGGGAAAAAAAGCUGCCGGGACAGGAAUUUUUACUACACUCCCCUCUCGGAGGUUGUAUCCACGGCUGUUGUCCUCCUCCGGGGGUAUUUUUUUUUAAAAAACCUGUUACGCUAGUUAUUGUGCACGGACAUGGCCGACACGCUGAGGAGACUGGCCAACACAUCCUCCUUCAGCGUCUUACAGGACAAGCUUGAGAGCUGGCACAAAGACUACCAUGUCAUUUCCUGUGACCAGAAUUUAAAUAGAUGUUGUGAGCUGAUUGAACUCACCGCCAAGAUCCAGGGCCAACUGUUUGCCAUCCUAAACCUCACAGCUGCUGAAGGUGGACACUACGCUGGAGUGGACACCAUCAAAACCCGCCUGCUGCCAUGGCUGGGAACCUGUUUCUCAAUGGCGAGGCCCUCGGUCACUGAUGACACCAGUCUACAGCUCAUCCAGGAUUCAGUGGAAAAGGACAGGAGGAUCAGGGAGCUCUCUGCCUCCCAUGAUAGCGAGGUUCAGAAGCUGGACACUCAGCUGUGCUCCACUCGUCUGCAGCUGGACCAUGUCAGAGCAGAAUUGGCCGAUGCUCAUAAGGAAUUGGAUGACACAAAGAGCAAAUCAGCAACCACUCUGCUUGCCACCGAAGAUGAAAUAUUACAACUGAAAGCAGAUUUACGGUCAGCGCACGAUGAGGUGGAGAUUUACAGGAGGAAGCUGGGCACUCUUGAUGAUUAUGAGAGGCAGAUACGCUUGCUGAGAGAUGAAGUGUCCUACGUGAGCACAGAGAAGGCCAUGCUGCAGGAGAGGUUGGUGAGAAGUCGUUCUCCGAGCCCCUUGCCCAGACUGAGCCGCUCUUCCAGCCCCAUGAGGAGCGAGUCACCCACCAGAGCUCAGCUCACACACUCUUCCCGCCAUGCACGCCUCGUAUCGCGCUUCAGCGACCUGUAUGCUGUGGAGCGUCUGGAGGCCCAGACCCUGCUUCGACGCUACAUCACUGACUUAGAGAUGGUCCAGAAAAUCAUCUUCAUUGCUGUCGUGGAAUCCUUUAAGACAGCAAAACUGGCUUACCGUCAGUUCAAGCUGCGUGUGAGAAAGACACUGUCCCCGUCCCACUUUGGGCCAGAGAGUCUGGAGGAUGCAGCUGUGGAUUACAUCGUCAGAAACCUGGACCUCUAUGACGUCCAGAGCAGUGUCAAUGAUGUCAUCAAUGCCAUGAAUGUAAACCCUCGGAUCUCCUUCCCGCCAGAGGUGGACUUUGUCCUCAUCAGUGCCUUGAUCAGGGACACAUGCAGGAUGGCCUUUGCCAUGCAGACGUUGGCCCCCCCUCUUGACCUGGCUUUUGCUAGCGAUGGAGAACUUUACAACGAGAAAAAGUAUCGUCGCAGCUAUGACUCUGAGUUCACUGCUCCGCUGGUGAUGCACCAUGUGUGGCCGGCCUUGAUGGAAGGAGAUGCUGUGAUAGUGAAGGGCGAGGCCGUGACUCGAAGGGGUGCCCUGUGGAGUAGAAGCCGGAGCCAGGGUGCCAGCCCUGUGCGCUCUCGCUCUCUCAGCCCAUCUCGAAGUCUCGCAUUUAAGAGCAAAAGAAGCCUGUCCCCUGAACGCCUCACAACCAGCCACCUGUGAACUCUGACCUCCCUGACAGCUCCUGUGCUGCUUAUCAGUGAAAUAAAGUUUGAGGUACCUUUACUUCUGAGUUUAUCUGUAUGGUUACACUUCUGCUUUCACCAAAUAAAGCGAUGAAAUCCUUCGAUACUGUA